AUGUAACCACCAGUGUUCGAGAAUCAAUUAGAUCCAGAAGAAAUGGAAGCUUGGCUUGCAGAAGUAGAAUUAGUCCAUGAGAAAAUUAAGAAAUUGUCAAGCGAAUAGGCCAAUGUAAAAGAUGAUGAUGAGGAGAUAAUUAAGAUAAGAUAAAAAAGGUUAGAACAAGAGAAAAAGAAAGAAGAUGCUAGGAGAUAAUUGCAGAUUUAGAAGGAGGAAGAGGAAAGAAAAGGAAGGAAGGGAAAAGGAUAAAAUAAAGAUUAUGCUAGUUUUUGCAAAUAUUGCUAUUUAGAGUAUGCUAAGAAGACAGAUUAAUGCUAUUGGUGCAAAAGAGAUACUUUGACACAGGAAUAACGUUACAAUUAAUUAUUGGAAAAGGUUGAAAAAUAUAAAGAAGACAAGAACAGAAAGCAAUAGAAGAAGUAGAAAUUUGAGUUGAUGGAAAAAACAGAGAAAAUCUUAUGGAAAAAGAGCACUUUUACGCAUAAGAAAUGGGAAUAUUAUACAAGUUCAGAAGAAGAAAUUGAAUCUGAGCCAAUAGUUCCUAAAGAUGACCCAAAUUUCAGAGCCUUAGAAUUAGAUAUGGAAUAAAGAAAGAAAAAGAAAGAGGAAGACAUGAAAAAGGCAGAGGAAUUGAAAAACAAAGGCAAUGAGUAUUAUAGUAAGGGUGAUUAUGAUCAUGCGGCUUGGAAAUAUUCUUAAGCCCUUGAAUUAGUAAAGGAUAAUAAGACUUUGUGGUUAAAUCGAGCAAUUACAUACAUAAAAUCAAACAAAAACAAAAAGGCUAUCAAUGAUUGCACAAAAGUAAUCGAAUAUGCUGAAUGCUUUGAAAAUGGUUAUACUUAGAGUAGAGAAAAUUGCUGUAAAGCCUUUUAUCGAAGAGCAUUGGCAUAUUAUAAUAGAGACCGAUUAUAAGAAGCAUUAAAUGAUAUCAAUCAAGCCUAACAACUUAUACCAGACGAUAAAUAGGUGUAGAAUCUUAAGAAGGAAAUAGAAGCUAAAAUAGAUCAUUAUUAAAGGUUGAAACAGAAUGAAAAGGAGGAGAAGGAUGAAGAAGAACCAAAAUAAGACAACUAAGAUUAAUAGGAAAAUAAUAAUCCAAAAGAAAAAAAAACCUUUAUGGAUGAAAAUCUAACUUAUAAACAAUUGAUUGAUAAGUUUGUAGGAGAGGAGGAGAUUGAACUCUUAUAAUUAUUUAAAGUGCUUAAGGUUGAUUCAAAUGAAGCCACAGCCUAUUUCUAUGAAAAAAAUGGUUUGAAAUAACUAUUAAACAUAAUAUAAAAAAAUGAUGAGAAAUUGCACAAUUUAUAAAAUAUUAUGGCAAGUUUACCUGCUUUGAUUUUAUAAGUUUAUUAAGAGAAAAGUUUGUUGUACUAGGAAUAAUUCCUAAAUUAAUAUAAUGGAAUUGAAGUUAUUUAUGAAAAAAUUAAGUAAUUGUUGAAACAGGUUGAAAAUAAAUCCUUAUCUGCAAUUUAUGAUACAAUAUCAGAUUAUUUAGAUGUUUUAAAUGUAAUGGAUGAAGAAAAACCAAGAUCUAUAAUAUAACAGCAUGAAAUAAUUAGAAAUAAGUUAUAUCCUGAAUUGUUUCACAGAAUUAUAUCAUUAUAUAAGACCGAAAGAGAUGUAGUUGCUACAUUUUUAAGUUUCUGCAGUAAUUUAUGUUAUGGAUAAGAUACACCCUUAAGAAAUGUUAUUUUUGGGAAUAUUAAUGAAAUUAUAACUAAAUUUGUAGAGAUAUUUGAAAAAGUCGAAAUAAAAUAAACAAACAUUAAAAUGAUGUAUUAAUUAUGCAACUUAUUGUCAAAUUUGUUAACAGAAGAGAAAUAUAGGUUUUACUUCCUAUCAAAAGAAUUAAACCCUAAUUUUUUUAAGGCUUAUCUCAAGUUUAUCAAAGCUAUAUAAUUUAAAGAUAAUGAAUAUAAUUCAUUAAAAUAAAAUGCAAUUGCAGUCUUAGUUAAUCUGACAUUUCAAAUCAAUUAAGCUCAAUCGGACUAUGUAAGUAAAAUCAAUCUGUUGGCUCCUACUCUAAUUGAAUAUUUAGAGACUUAAUAAGAUGGUUUAGUGAUAGAGAGAGUCCUUACAGUAUUAUCUAAGGUCAACUAUGAAGACAAUAUUUAUCUAAUAACAAGGUUUAUAAAAUAAUACAGUAAUCAAUCUAUUAGAUGCUUACUUCAAUGGUUAUCAAGAAAAUCUCCUUUAGUUGUUGAUCAGUUAAAAUAAAAAUAAACACUGUUAUAUGAGUUAUUGGAAUAAUUGAAAUAGUAAUUGAAUAGUGAUAACGAGAUAAUAUAUUGUAAUUGCUGUAAUGUAAUUGGGUUCAUAAUUGAUUUAUUAUCGCCAAUUAAUGGUGAGUAAAAUGCUUGCUCAUUCUUCAAUCAAUUGAUUCCAAGAUUGUUGAGUUUCGUGAAAGAUAAAACUGGUAAUUUUAGAAAGAAUUCGGCAAUUCUUUUGGCAAAAUUAACAAAAGAUUAAAACAAUUUACAAAAAGUAAGAGAUUUACAUGGAAUUGAAAUUUUAUAAUCAGUAAUGGGUAAAUUGUGA